GGUCACACUGCAAAAUUAACCGUUGCUUUUUCGCGCUUAUUCUUGCAAAAGUUUCGUCGAAUUUGUGAAAAAGUGGAAAAAAAGGCGAUCGCCAUGCCGCGUAAAGGCCAACAAAACCCAAAAAGUCCUGUGGCAAUGCCUUCACGUAAAUCGUUUCGCAGUCCCGGUUGCGAGACGUCCCAGGAAAAACCACCAAACGCUGUGGAGACUCAAAAAAAUAGGGCUACUAGCGAAGCUAAGCGAUUGCCCGUUGAGACAUCCAAGAUGGCGGAUAACUGCAAAGAUCUCAAGGUUAGCGAAGUUGCACACUCUGAAGGUACAGUUGCGUCUGCCAGUAAGAGCACUUUGAGCCAACUGGAAGUGUUCCAGACUCGGCAAGCUCGUCAAUCUCCAGUUGUCACCAGCAAGAAAGAAACUGCUGAUAUCAACGCCGCCCCUAUCGAGUCUUCCGCCAGGGCUCCAAAACGAAGCGGAACUCCGUUGCCAAAAUCUUUUUUCGAGGACAAAGCAAAGAAGAUAAGGAUGACUCCUACGCAACUGGGGCUUGACAGUCCCAAGCCAACUCAAUUGGAAGGGGAAUCUUAUCACAAAUCCGACCCCAAGCCAAAUCAAAACCAGGAAAACAAUAAUAAGGAAAACGAGAACCCUGGCAUACUACGCCUCACAAACGAAACGAACGCAGAUGAUGCCCCUAUGGCAGACAUUGAGAUAGCCUCCUGUCAGUCAAUGUGGAUCGCUGCCAAGGGUUUGCUGGCUUCUUCAGGCUACGAUCUGUAUUACCUCAACCAGUUUCAGAAGUUCUACGACAACUACAGGGCUUGCAAUAUAAAAACUGCCAAUCGUUUGCUGACUUUGGCGAACAGUAACACCGAAAAACACAAUGCAAAUAUUUCGCUGAAGAGUCGACUUAAUGAGAUGGCAAUCAAUAACAAGAGUCUGGCGAACAAGCUGGCCCUGCAGGAGCAGCUGGGCAUGGAAUUGCACGAUAAGUAUAUAAACGCUCUAAAGAUGCGUGUAGAUAUCGAAAAGAACUACAAGAACCAAGUUCAAGUGGCCAAGACACUUGUUGACCAGCAAAAGUUAGAGCUCGACAAGAACCUAUCGGAGUUCGAUCGUCUUAAAGCUGAGUUGAGCAACAUGGCAAGUGAUUUCACCGACCUGCAACAGAAGUUGAAGCAAACUGAAGCGACUACUGCAAAUCUCUUAAAUGAAAAUAAUAAGCAAGCGGCAGAAUUGGAAGAGCAAAAGGUCAAACUGCAAGAUACAGUUGCUGAACUUGCAGAUUUUGAGAAUAAAUGUUAUCAGCUCGAUGCCGAAUUGAGGGACAAGACACUGGAGUGCGAUGGGCUCACCCAGCAGGCGUUGGACUUCGAAGAGCUGAUGUUGUUCAACAACGAAAUGGCAGCUCGCCUUGAAGAGCUGGAGGCCACUCAAACCUCACUGGUUGAGGUUAACGAUGAGUUCGCCAGGGAAUCAGUGGAACUGAAUGCCCAAAAUAACGCCCACAAAAACACCAUUUCUAGCCUUAUGUCGACUUUGGACAAGCAGUCACAGGAUCUCACGAAAUUAAUAGAGAGCCAGGAGAAGCUCGAAUUUGCAAACUUCCAGCAGGCCUCCCUGCACAGCGCAGAGCGCCAAAAGUGCGAGGCUCAAAACUUGGAGUUGCAGGAAACAAUCAAAAGCUUGCAGAACAUGCUGAAGGAUCAAGGUCAAGUCUUGCAGGCUGAGCAGGAAAAGCUAGCUAAGGCCAACCAUCAAAGUCUGGGGCUAAAAACCGAAUUGGAUGGCGAAAAAGAGCGCCAUCAGGCCGAUAUAACUGCCCUCAAAACCGCACUUGAACAUAGGGACAGAGCAUCGAGUGCUGAGCAAGCGAAGAUGCAAAGUCUUGUGGCUGAACUUGAUGAGCUUAAGAAGGUGAAUACCAACCUCAAGGAUGAGAAGACGCAGAUGGGCAAUCAGUUGGCAGCUACUAAGGAAAAGUACGAGGCUGAACUAAAGGAGCAAAUGAAUAAGAUGAUCGCCCUGCAGGAGGACCUCGAGAACAAGGAAACCAAGCUAAUUGCACUCGAGUACGAGAAGGAUGCCAUCAUAAAGCAGCUGAAGACCAAAAUGAACACAAUUUGCAGUACCAUCACGCAGCCAAUAGUUGCCUCAACUGAAGCCAAGUCGCCGCAGCCCACGACAAAGUACUCAAAGAGGCUGCUGAGAAAGACGCAGCCAAAAUCAAAGCCCACUGUCAAUAAGCCUUCGAGUUCCGCCAAAAAGCAAAAUGCCAAAAUAUCUAUAUAUUCGUCGGAUACUGAAAGUGAGGAUGAUGUAUUACCGCUCAAAUUGGUAUUUACCAAACGUGAAAAUUUGGCUGUGGUGAAGCCUCAAAACGAUGUGUUCGACGCUUUAAAGAAGGGCACAAUUUAGAAAAUCCGUUGGAGUAUAUUAACUACUACUAUGUAUGAACUUUCCAUUUAUUUCACUAAAUAACUAGUAAGAAGUAACUAUAGAUUACCUUAUGGUAAUCUCAUUGAAGUUCAGUGGUUUUGAAACCUUUUUUUUAAGUUAUAUUUAUGUACAUCUCUUAAAAAACUUGACGUGUUGAGCAAGUAUUUCUCAAGAGCAAAUAUGUACUUUUUCGUUCAUUUCUUUUAAGUGGAAGACCCCACCAGGCAAUUUCUUUUCUUGACAAUCUUGUAUAAAUUUCUAUUCAAACAUGUUAACUUUCAUUAAAAUAAUAUCGAUAAUUCGAUUAAUAAACAUUCAAAUAUUGUUACUAACUAAA